GCCUGCUACGCGGCGUCGGCGCGCGUUACAUGGAAGCUCUCGGUUUUUUUUGUUUUGUUAAAUUAAUUAAUUGAUUUUAUUUACCUCCCUCCGCCGUCACGUUAAGUCCCUCGUGGCAGAUGCAGGUAUCAUCGGCGGCGUCGGGUUGUCGCGAACUUGGCGGAAGGAGGGGGUUAGUCGAAUAACUCUCCCUCCCGGCUGGGAACAGCCGCGUACCCCUUCGACCCCUCUCGUCCUUUCGUGGCGCACUCGGUCACUGCCGGUACACACGACGUGCAGCGCGCGCCAGACAUGUUUGGCUCGGCGGACGGGUGAGUCUAGGCUUCGCGUGGCGGCGUGCGCGUGUGUGGAGUUAUCAUUUUUUUUUCUUUUCUUCGUUUCUGAUAGGGAGUCGCUUGCGUGAAUUGAGGGGGUGGGGAGGAGGAACGCCCCGGGGGGUAGUGCGCGUUAGUCGUGUUUUUUUUUUGAAGAAAAAUAAAGUUGUUCUAACGGUAAUUAAUAUAUUUGCUGCCCCACCGACGAUGCUACGUGUUGCGGGCUGGGUGCUCUGGUCGCGGCGCACUCAGCUUCGCGGGUCCGGCGUCGCAGUCGCGGACUGAAGGGGGAAAGCGGCGCCGUCGUGCGUGUGUGCUUCUUGUGCGCGUGUGCGUGCGGAUGAUGGAGACGGUGGGGACGCCGAAGCAGCAGCCGUACAGCCCGCACCUCAAGAAGGUGCUGAAGACGUACCAGCUAACGGCGGUGAAGAGCCUCCAAGGUCCCAGCAACCUCCUGGCCGCGGCGGCGGUGGGGAAGGACGCGAACGUCGGUUCGCCGCCUCCGUCCAAGGAGCAGCGCGAGGAAGAGGAGGGCGAGGAGGUCGUCACCGCCGCCGCCCCCGGUGGCGGCCAGGACCCGCGGUCGCCUUCCACGCCGCCCCCGCCGCCUUUCCCCAUCCAGCAGCUGCCGAUCCUGACGACGCCUGAUCGGUCGCGCAGCGAGCGCUCCGAGACGUCCCUGGAGGGCGAGUCCAUCUCGUGCUUCGUGGUGGGCGGCGAGAGGCGGCUCUGCCUCCCGCAGGUUCUGAACUCGGUGCUGCGAGACUUCACGCUGCAGCAGAUCAACCAGGUGUGCGACGAGCUGCAGAUCUACUGCUCCCGCUGCAACGCCGAGCAGCUGGAGGUGCUCAAGGCGGCGGGCAUCCUGCCGACGACGGCGCCUUCCUGCGGCCUCAUCACCAAGACGGACGCGGAGCGCCUGUGCAGCGCGCUGCUGCACCGCUCCGGCCAGCCGCCGCCCAAGUCCGCCCCCGUUACCGCCUCGCCGCCGCCCGCCUCCGUCAGGGUCUACCACGAGUGCUUCGGCAAGUGCAAGGGCAUCUACUCGCCCGAGCUGCAUCGCGACGGCGACUCGAGCUGCAUCCAGUGCGUGGAGUGCCGGCACAUGUUCAGCCCGCAGCGCUUCGUGUGCCACGUGCACCGCUCGGCGGAGAACCGCACCUGCCACUGGGGCUUCGACUCGAGCAACUGGAGGGCCUACCUGCUGGUGGCGGGAGACCAGCCCGCGGGCCACGAGCGGCUGGCUAAGCUGCUGGACGAGCGCCCGUCGCAGGUCGCGGCGCCCUUCAAGCGGAAACAGGCGCCGGCGACGCCUGACCUGAAGGAGGCCGCCGACCUGGCGCUCAAGAAGCCCAAGCUGGACGCCGUGGCGGCCGCCGUCGCCCAGGACGCCUACCACGCCUACCUGUACGACGCGCAGCUGCUCACGCUGUACGACCAGUGGGCGCGCAUGUCCGCCUUCCGGGUGUGGCCGCCGCCCGCGCCCGGACACGCCAAGGACGGCAAGGGCGCGUCCAUCUUCCGCGACAGCGGCCUGGGGACCGCGGUGCCGGCGUACCUGAGCCACAGCCCGCCGGUGCUGCUGCACCCGGAGCGCGUGGUGCCGCUGUCCGAGUCGGAGCGCUUCGAGCGCAGCUACCAGCCCAACGUGGCUCUGGCGCCGCUGCCGCCGCACCUGAGGCCGCGCCAGGACGCCGCCGCCGCCGCCGCCGCCAGGCCCGAAGUGCCGGCGAAGGCACAAGACAUCCACACGGAGGUGGAGACGAAGCCAUGGCCUGGGAAGAAUUCCCCUGCAGCUACAGUACCUGGCACCCUAGCGACAUCCAAUAACAGCACAGGGUACAACCCCGAGAUCGAGCUGUCGACCGACACCGACGACAGCUCUCUGGACAUUGCCACAGAAACAGCGGCGGUGGUGGACCAGGUGGCGGCGGUGAUGGACGCGCUGAGCGACGCCAAGGAGGCGACGCGCGCCCGCGUGGUGGGGCUGGUGCGCCGGCUGGCGGCGGAGCGGGACGCGGCGUGCGAGCGCUGCCGGGCGCUGCGGGCGGAGAACCAGGCGCUGCUGGGGGCGGGCGGCCGGCGGGAGGGGCAGGUGGCCCAGCUGGAGGCCCGCGUCGCCGAGCUGGAGAGGCGGCUCCGGGCGCCGCCGCCCGUCAAGCCGGACCCCGACGAGCCCAGGACCUCGGCAGCGGUCGCGGAGCCUGUGAAGAGCGGGAGCCCCGUGUCGGUGAUAACGUCCCAGCCGUCCGUCAAGUUGGAGCCUCUUGCCAGCCCGGAGUGAGUCUCCCUCCCCCUCCCUCCCUCCCUGCUCGCGGUCUCACCAUCUCUCCCCCCCUCCCUUCCCCGCCCCGCCACCCAUUCUCGUGAUAACGCUGUGAUCUCAUCUGCUUGCCAGUGUGCCGGGAGGCACGCGAAGAGGUUUCCCCUCGUUCCUCCUGAAAGUUCCCUGCUCUCCGGACUCCGCCCCAGCUCGUCCCCGAAGUCCGGGGGCACGCGCUCGGCACGUGUCUUCUCCGGAGUGCUCGCGGGGACGAUCGCGCUUCCCGCUGCGGGGAGGAGAGGACCGGCCCGGAAACCCGCGCACAGGAUCGUUCUCUGCGGGGAGAGCUUCAACCAAAACCAAAGAGACACUUGUCAUCGGCCAGGAUUUUCCUUGAGAAGCUGCAAGUGGCGGUGACGGGGCUCUCGACCUGUUCUUUUCCCACACGUUGACGUCGCUCACGGCGAAGCGAAGCGUGUUUCUGUGCCUGGCCAUAUUUUGUACAUGAAAACCCUGUAACGAUUUUGUUAUUUUGUAAAUUGAUUUGUGCGGCUUUGUGAAAUCUGUCGGGAGAGCCGGCGUGCGGCGAUAAGGUUAUGGUGCCUGAGCAAGUUUAAAGGUGUGUUCCUGGCAUUCUUGGGCCCAGUAGCUUCGUAGAAGAAAGGCUUCACUCGAACCCUUGUGCCGUCAUGAAAGUGAUGAUGGGCUCAACGGAAUGUAGGGAACUACUGGCAGAGUAAUUUUAUCAAUUCGAAAGUACAAAGAACCUUAAAAAAGGUGCUGUGUUAUUUCCCCCAGCACCCUUAUAGUCUGUACAUGUACGAACAUGUUGGUUUUUUUUUAUUGAUUGCAAAUGUGUAUAUUAAAUGUAAAUUUGGUGUGCUGGUUUCCUGUUUUGACAGUUUAUUAGUGGACUAAUGCAUCUUCCCUACAAUUGAAUACAAGUUGUUCAGAAUUUUUUUAUUUUAUUUUAUGACACGGAAAAUAGUUCAAAACUGAUACCAACCUAUCUUAAAUGCUAUCAAAGUUUCAUCACAGGCAUAUUUUCAUAUAUUUUUGUUAGUUCAUUUAUUUUAUAUUUAAUUAUGUGAUCUCAGUCACUUCAAAUUUCAAUCAAGGUGUUGGGUCAUUGUGUAUGGCUAUUAUCAUGGAACUUUUUUAUUCUUUUGAAAACAAAAUCAAGUGGAUAUUGUGUAAUAACAGAUAACUGUAAUGCAUCUAGUGAAAAUGCAGUUCACUUUACAGAUAUUACACUAGUAGUAACACAAAUAGAUUUCAAGAGUGUUCUAUGUAACGUACAUAUGGACAAAUGGUAACUCCAGCCAGUUUUGAAGAGCAACAAAAAAUUUUAGUAGCAUUUUUUUUUCCUUCCCUUAUACAUCACUUGCACAUCAUUUUGAUUUCAUCACAUUAGUUUUUACUGUUGAUAUUCUUUUUAUACGUGUUUAUUUUGCGUGGCAAGUUGACAAGAGGUUUUUGAAGUCGGUCAGAUACGAGCACAAACCGUCUACAGCGGAAGCAAGUAAUUGUGACUCAUCCCUGUUGGUCAGCGAGGAUGUCCAAAAAGAAAAAUUAAAGUAUGUGUAUGUGAGUAGUGAUUAGUGUAGCUGCAGUAGAAACUUGUGCCAUGCGGGAGUGGUUGCUGGGCCUGGUAGCAGAGUCCUGGCAGAUUUUGAUUAUUUUAAUUGCAAUUACAGUACUAUGUUUUCAUGGCUUUAAAUUAAUUUUUUUUUCUAUUCGUGAAUUUUAUACAAGAUUGCCAUAUUUUAUAUUACGUGAGGUGCUUUUUGAAUGAAUACCCGGUUGAAUUUGAUUUGACACAUGAAUUCUUGGUGUAGGGAUAAUGUGCAAAAAAAUUUUUAAUUUAGGCACAUUUUAAUUCCAUCUUAAUUGAGUGAGUCGAAGUGAUAACAGCAACCUUUCAUAGCAUAACACAUGUAUACACAUCAUUAUGACUUAGUAUCCAUAGUGGUGUGGUGACAAAAUCUUUUUACCAGAUAUUGAAUAGGUUUUCAUUUUCUACGUCUAUAGUACGUAGGUACCUACUUUUGACACUUUCUUCAGGCUCAUUUAGUUUUUUUUUUCUGCCAGCAAAGUUGUUUCUUUGAAUGGAGAUAUGUGCAUGCAAUAUUCAGAAACUAUCCCAUUGACUAAAAAUAAAAUUUGCUAUAAAAACUAAACCCUGAGUUUCAGUUUAUACCAUAUAUAUAUAUUUUUUUCAAAUAGUUGACUAUUCUUUUGACAUUUUUAUCAAAGAAAAUAUCUUGCCGACCACAGAAAUAAAACUUGCUCGCUAGUCACAACCUAUGGUACGGGAUUAGAACUUAAACCCCAUGCUUAACACAUCACAAAACCAUCAGUUUUGCACUUCAUCACUGAUAAACACGCUGUAUGUCACAUUCUAGGAACUGACAGUGAUAAUUUUGUAGAUUGUACCUGUGAUAAUGGGUGAAAAUUUGUAGGAUUCUCGGGGACGAGGGGGGGAUAGCAUUUAUCAUUCCCAUUUCACAGUUACGAGUUUGCAAGCGCAAGUGGUCCCCUCAUCAAAGAGGCUUUUUGAUUCCAGUGGGAGCUUCGAGCUCUCCCUCCUCCCUUCCUCCCAAGGGAUCUAUGCCCAUUCCUGUGAUGAUUGUGUUUGUUACCACUUUGGAUGACUGCCAGCCAGUAUUCUACAGUGCCCUGGACAGAAGCAGAGUAAUCAGACCGUACAUAUCAAGCGGUGUGCACGAUGCCUCAUUUUUUAAGGAAUUGGAAACAUUUGUGGGGUCAGUGAUCUAUCUCUAGGACAAAGUAUAUUUGGGGGGGGGGGGGGGGAAGGUUUGCAGGUGUUUGGGCCCUUCCUUUCUCGAAUAACAUUUGAAAAUCAUGUUCAUUGUAGUUUAUUCUACUAGCAAAAACUGUACUUAAACAAUUUUGUCUAUUUAAAUACCAAAACUUACUAACAUGCAGUGAUCUAGUUGUACUAAAAAUUAUAAUGUAAUUUUAAGUGGGCAGGUAAUUUAAUGUAUUGGGAUUAUAUUAGGAUUUUUAAUAGCUCAAUAAAUGUCUGGAAGGAAAUAGCUGUAGUAAAAAAAACGAGCCUUUUUUUCUGGAAUAGGUUCCACACAUGCUCAGAGGAAAAUUUUGUCUUUUCAUUGGCUACUCUAUUGAAAGAUGUCUUUCUUAACUUGUUUGACCAUGAUUUGACACUUCUUUGAAUGGAAGGUUUCUCAUUGGCUCAGAGUCCUCUGCAUGAUCUAUGGGCCACUCGUAGAUGCUUCCCACUGGUAAGAGUGCUUUAAUUUAAGUUUAUCCUAAAACUAAACUGAGAAUUUUUAAACUCUUAAUUCUCUUGACAGUAAGACCCUACAUAUAGUCCGUGUAUCGUUUGUAAAUAAAGGUCUCUGAACAGCAUGUCUGUUUGCUUACUCUGAAAUAAUUUUGAGUGAUAGGUUCACAUGUUUAAAUUAGAAUGUGCUUUGAACAAUCAGCAUGUCUCUUCCAAAAUUGUAGGCAUUGGAAUUUUAUUGACUUCUGUGAAGCCUUACGUAUAACACAUACAUUGUAUCUGUACUUUUAUUUGCAGUUUUUAGUUAAGUCUUUCAAAGAUCGUAUUUAGUUUUCUGUUUAAUGUCCAUUUUACAAAAAACCAAACUAUGUGCUACUAAGUAUCGCACAUUGUUUCCCCAUGACCGUCUGAAAUUUUAACAAUGCAACAAAUAUUUUUUAUCGCAAAACUGGGUCACCCUUAUAAUCCUUCUUAAAUUGGGUUGGUCAGCCACAGUUACAAAAUAUGGCAUAUUAAAAAAGUGAAGUAGGUUGGCAUUCUUGUUGUGAACUAAAAGCAUCAUUGCAUUCUCAGCUUACUUAGCCAAUAAUGGUUUCACUUGACAGAAGUAACUGUAAAUCUUUGGACAUCCUCACUUUAAAACUUCCAGCUUAUGGGGUGAAAAACACAUUUUGUUGUGUGCAGUAUAAUAAAUUACAUCACUGCCACAUAAAAAGCCAUUUUUGCAUAUCAUGUGUUAAUGCUAUACAAACACUGAAAAAAAUAUCUUACUAGUUUCUUUGUUGUAAUAAUAUGUAAUUAAACUUAUGCCUUGAACUGUAACAAAUUACCCAAAUUUAGUUUUUCCAUUUAUUUUUAUUUUUUACAGAAAAGUGGUUUAUUAUACACAAAAAUUGUUUAUUACUGUUUUCAGUGUUAAAGUAGUUGCUAAGUAGUGAGCCUGUAGACACUUAAGUGUUUUUACUGAUACAGCUAUUUUUUUUAUUUAUGUCAGACGUAAAGUCUUGUUCAUUGCUGUAGCUAACUUUUACUUGUAUUGAGCUUACAGUGUCUCAUUGUAAAUAUUAUUAAAAUAUUAUUUUUCGUUAUUAUGUACUGUACCUGAUGCAAAAGAUUGUUGCUGUUCUUUGAGAUCUCCUCCUAAAAAAUCGUCAAAGAAGCGACUAUUUUGUGGGUUGAAUACAAUGGAACGGACUAUCGCCAGUGUACACAAACUUUGGAGAGCAUUUUGUAAUAAGCAUGAAUUGUAAACAGCUUUCAACAAGCAAUGUUUAUGUGACUAAAUAACUUAUUCACAUAACUUAAAACGUUUUAAGAAACUUAGCUGUCAUUAAUUUACGUUGCUGGAUUAAUGGUGUUUAUGGUUCAAACUGCACUUCUAGAUGGUAAUGAAAUUUUUAUCUCUGCGGAUUUCUUCCCGUUUUGUGUUACCUCGAUUUCAGUAAGUGCCAGCAUCCAAGCUCACUGCCAAUACCUUAGAACAUCUUUUAAAAACUGCCAUAAAAAAAGAAAUAUUUGUUCUAGAAAUGUUUUGAGGCUUUUACGAGUUUGUCGACGUAUGCUAUGAAAUAAUUGCCUCGUGACGUUCAGCGUUACUGGAGGACAAAUUAUUCACAGAGCUGUGCGCAGCUACGAGCGCGCUCGGGAAUCCGUGUUUUUUUCUUGGGUUCCUGAGCAGUGCCAUGUGCUGCGUACUCGGUUCGAAGGAUUCCGACAUGGUCGAGUUGGCAGGCUUGGUUGUUGACAUGUACGAGCAGAGAGCAGGUCGUGGCGUGCCAUAGAGGUUAUUGUUUAUCUUGAAAAUUUUGUAGAAGAUGCAAAGCUGUAUAAGGAUUUCAUGGGAGUAUGUAUGUGCAAUGUAUACAAAAAAAAAAACGGGUUUUAAACUGUCUUGUUGAAUUUAUUUAGGAAUGAUAUUGUGAAUUAGCCUGCCUAAACUGAGUAUUGUGUUUACUUGAACAUUUUGUAUCUUAUGUAGUGAAAGUUUUAUAAAAAGUAUUUGUGCUGGGUUCAUGAAUCAAUGCAGCAUUGUAAACUACAGGUUGUUUUUCCCAGGUCACAACAUGAGUACAGCCCAUCUAUGGUACAGUCUGUUUCUCCUUUGAUAAUCCCUAACUACACCAGAAAUAUGAUGUUCGUUUUGGACACAAGUGGAUCAGGGCGUAACUUCAAAAUCAUCAAAACCAUCUCCGAAAUGGCUGCUAAGAGACAUCCUGAAUCAAACAUGAUCUUAGUUCAUCAUCGGAGAUCGCUCAUGAGUUAGUUGAAGUCAAUUUACAUAGUCUGAACUUUAAUGUCCUGAUAUUAAUGGGGGGAAAGGAUUAUGCUUCUUUGUUUACGGUUAGAUGCAAACACUGGUUUCUUACAGAGAAGAAAUAGAGUUCCGUAUGACUUCAAGCUCACAAAAUUUUGAGGUUGUUUGGUUUCAAUAUCUCAUGCUCAAUCAGCAUUAAAGUGUUUGAUUCUUAAUUUACAUUCAGAAGGAGUAAGACUUAUCUGUGUGUCAGAAUGGGGAGAGCAUGCAACCAUGUCUCUCAUUUGGAGGUGGGGCUUUCGAUACUCUGAUACCUUGAUGCCAGUCAAUACUGUUUUGAAUCUACAAUUAUGAAUAUUGAUGUAAACUUCAGAAUCAUGAGUUUAAUUUUAUUGGUUUAUACCAUACGUCACGUGAUUAUGGACAGAGGUCUAGUGUGGUGGGGUCUCCAAGAUUAUUUAUUCAGCUCCAAACCACGUGGAUAGCAACGCAGUGCUCAUAUCCGAUACCUAGGUUGCACUUACCUGAGCGUUUCGUGCUGAGUAUAUUAGUGGUUGUUCAGUACAGCUGGACUUUUUUUUUAACAAGAAAAUAAGUAGAUUUGAUGCUUAAAAAGAGUUAGAAUGUUGUUUUUCUAAUUAAAUAUUUGUUAACUUUGUGGAAUUCAUAAUAUGUACUAUCAAUAUUUUUGUCCAGUAUAAUUAUUAGUGUAUAUAUUCAAGUUCUUUAUCAAAUAAUUGUAUUAGGUUUGAUUGGAUAUUUAAUGAAAAAUAUUUGCUGGGAGAUAUCUAAUCGUCUAUAAAUUUUGAAUGGAUAAUUUACUAAAAGUAUCAAGCUGAAAACAGUAUUAAGUAUUGAAUCGCCCCAAUUCUACUCUCAUUGUGCAAGAAAUAUGUCAAAAACUGCCAGUUUGUGUGUGUGUGUGUGUGUGUGUGUGUGUGUGUGUGUGUGUGUGUGAAAGGUCUCUCAUGCAUGGACAUGACUUAAGCUUUGCUAGCCAUUUACACAGUUAUGUUUUUAGGGGCAAAAAAAUCCAAUUUUUUGGCCAUUUGCCACAUUUGGCAUCCAUUUCUUCCAGUCUGAAAUGCCCUCCUCUUCCAUUGCAUAACAGUUACAAUUUCGAUGGUGCUGACUUUCGUGUUUGAAAGUGACCUGGGAUUUCCAGAACUUCCUCUACUCUGAACUAGUUUGUAAAACUGUGAAUCAUUAAGUUCGGUGUUUGAACAUGUUUUUUUUUACCUCAAGAUAAAAACAAAGGAAAAAGCCUACCUCAAAAAAAUAAUUCGUAUACCAUUAACUGGCUUACCUCAUAAUUUGUGUGGAAAUGCUAAAUUAGUAGAUUUUUUUAAUUAUAUGUUAAUAGUUUUUUAUAAAUCUGUAAUGGCUUGAUUUUAAAUUAGUGUCAGUAGUAAUUGUUUCAUAUGCCACUGCCAACGAAUUUUGGACGUUAAUCGUUGUGUCAGUAUUUUAGGGAGAUUGUGUGUGAAUGUUAAGUGCCAACAGCAAGUCGUAAGAAAAGAAAAUUAUAAAAUAUUACAAGGUAAUGCAAAAAGUCAGCAAAUAACUUCCAAGAAUAUUUUUUUGCAAAUUUUUGGUUUUUUCGACUGCAGCCAACAAUGUUUCUGAAGAAGCUGUUAAGCUCACAUUUUUGGAAAAUUAAUCAGUGCAGUAAUGGACUAUAUCUCAAUUUGCACAAAAGUUACAGAUUACAUUGAUAAUUCAAAAUUAUAUAAACCUAUUUUGAUAAAUGUUUUUUGGCAAAAAAUUCAAAUUUUUUCCUUAAUAACAAAUUAUUAAUCUUUGUUUUUUUUCUAGUGCUGUUAUUACCACGGAUGGUUAGUAUUUCAAAAGUGUUUAUUAUCUUUCACAAAACUGAGAAAAAUUAACUUGCUUAUAAAUAAUAAUAACCAAUAAACUUUGGGCAACGAAUGUUUAAAUUUUCUAUGUGUUGAGGCAGUCUGAGGAAAAAACAUGUUCUAAAGAAAAGUUUGUACAGUGAGUAUUUUUGGUCUGUUUUUAUUGUUACUGUUGUAUGUUACGUUUGAGUUGUUUUGUAAAUAUGCUGUAAACGUAAGCAUUGUAAAUAGUAUUAAUAAUACUAUAGAGAGUAUGUGGAAUAUUGAGAUUAUAAUUUGUAACCCUGAACAUUAUUCUAGUAACCUGGAAUGUCAGGUUGUAAGUCAUUGAAUGAUUAAUUCCAGGUGCUUAGAGAAACACUGCAAUUUUUUUUUCAGCAGGCUUGACACAAUUUUGACAUGAAAAAAGUUAACAUAUUUGGAUGCACAAUUUUCUGCAUGUUAUUGCCACAAACAGUAAUGAACAGCUAAAUUUAGAAUUUAAUCAGUUUGUAUAACUUGCUGGUUUCACCCCUUAAAUUUUUUUUUAUGAGAACUUAUUAGUGGAAUAAAAUAUAUGUAUUUUUAUUUAUUACUUUUUUGUUUAUUUUUAAAACUUUAAGUAUCCUAACAUAUAUUUAUUUCCAAAUGUUUUGCUUGUAAAAUGAUGCAGCAAUUACACAACAGAAGAGGUUUUCAAUUUUCAAUUUUGCAAAAAAAAAUAAAAAAUAGUUUGCUGUGGUAUUUGCUCCAAGAUAGCAGUAAUUAAGAUUUGGUGUUUCUGUCUGGUGAUUAAUUAUUUUGAUCCAGUUUGACCUUGUACUGAUAAAUUUUAUUUAUUUUGAGAUACAUUAACAACCCUAUGGAACAAAAUCCUGAGAUGUUAGGCUUGCUAACAUCAGAACUCAUUGUGUAAACACCACCCAUUUUUUUCUUGGGUGGGUAAAAGUCACAUUUACAUGUCUAUCACAGGAUAUCAGUUAUAUAAUUAUUUUUUACAAUAGAUUGAAAUUUUCUUGAAUAAAAUAUUUAUUAGUUUUCCAUUAAGUAAGUUAAAAAUUAAUGAAUAAAUGUGACCAUUUUGCCUGAUAUCUGGCAUCCAGCAAGGAUUUUUUUUUUUUACUGUUUUCAAGGAUUUGAACCAUUUUUUAUUUACAAAGAAUAAAUAUUGUAAUAUAUAUAUGUAUGUCCAAUAUACUAAAAGUACAGUUAUCAGUACUAAUUUAUAUCAAAGUUAUUGAAAAAACAAAAUUGCAUAAUGUACCUCGCCCAUCAAAAAAGUGUUCUACCGUUGUUUGUAAGAAAAAGUGGAUGUUGGCUAUUAAUGGAAAAUUAAUUUCUUUAUAAACAGGCAUUCAUGUGCCCAUUAAAUAUAACAUGCAAAAAGUGCAGAUGUGAAUUUCUGUCAUCAAAAAUUAUACUGCAGGUUCAUGCAUUGGCAUAGCAUAGCAAAUACAACACGGAGUAAUGCAUUUUAUACCAGUUAAAUAAUAUUUUAAUUAAUAGACGUCUACACAGGUUAAGAUUGUAGUUGGAUAAAGUCAGACUGGCUUAGAACAUCAUUUCCAAGUAAAAAAAUAAAGAACGUGGAUAAGUAUCACUUGAACCGUUGUAUAUUUUUUUUGUAUACCUUCAACAGGGUUGGAGAGCUGGUGCAAUAAGGCCAUAUGCACACACACAAGAACACAAUGGCAGCAACGCUUCAUUAAAAAAGCAUUUUCUGCCUGAAGCAGGCUGAUAUGCCAGUUAAUAAUUACUGUAACUGUGAAUUUACGUAAAUUACUGCCUGCGUAGCUCAGGAUAUUUGCUGUAGUGCAGUCAUUGCUCUGCAUAAUAGCUCUUAAUACAUUUUGGCCCACCAUGUGUGGAACUAAAUUAUUAAAAAAAAAAAUCACAUUAUUAGUAGUUAGAUGUGUGUGAAGCUUUACAAUUUGAAAGUGGAAUCAACUGUUGGUUUCGAAAAUGUUUUCUAAUUAAAAAUUAAGGUUUCUUACUGAAAUGUUACUUGAUUUGGCAGCUUUUGUACAUUUAUGUCAAGUUGAAUUUCAGUUUACUCUGUUUUGCAAAAUAGCCAACAUCAAUUUUUGGGUUUUAUCUUUUAUUUACAACAUUUCACAGUUUAUUGUUUACAUUCACAUCUUGGUUACUGCUUACAACACUGCUGGCCCCAACAAAAAUAGGUAUAUCAAAUUACAAUAAUAUUGAAAAAUAUUGUAUGAGUUACCUUGGAAAAAUAUUCAAUAAUUACAUUGGCAAUCUAGCAGUUUUUCUGAGGUGGAAAAAUUUUGAGAUGUUAAAAAUGUUUUUGCAAUCUCGACUUAUUUGAUACAAUUCGUUAAUAAGGAAACUUGAAUAUUUCACCGAUUGCGGAUAUAAAAUCUAUUUCACCCCUAGAUUAAAAGCUCUUCAAGCUCCAGUUUUUAUGAGACAUCAGUUUUUUUAUCAAGCACUGCAAUAACAAAGCACAAAGAACAAAAUGUGCAAGUGACCACAAAGAACUUCAGCUUAUACAGUGCACACACAGCGCCUUUACCGUUUCUGGAAACUUGAUCCACGUGCUUUGUGGUGACGGCACUUCGUACAGGCCAUUAAGGCUUAUAUAAACACUUUUGAAAUCAACCUUUGGUAAAAUAAAAGCCAUUUUCUUUAACAGUCAGGCUUUGAUCCUGUCACGUAGGUAUCGAACCAAGAGAAAUAGUUCCCAGACUAAACUUUUCAUUUAAAGUAAAAAUACUCAAGAAAUAAAUUUAGGACAGCUUUGUUACUUUCUUGUAACAAAUCUGCAGCUUUUUGUCAUGCCUUUCUAAUACAUAUAAAUGCUGAACAUAUGUGCAAUAUUGAAAAGGCAUUUGUUUAAAUUUUAUGAUAAAAACUUUAUGAUAUUAAAAAUAAAAUAUUUUCUCUUAGCAAAUCAUUAUACAAAUUCAUUGAAAAAAUAAACCUCUAUUGCAUAAAAUUUCUUAAGAGAAGUAAAAAUCUAAUAACAUUUUUUUUUGAAUAAAGUGUCAUGUCAUGUCACUAGGUUAUUUGUCAUGUGGUCACCUGCGGUAAUAGCAUAGAGUUGUCUGGUAUUAUUUGUUGAAAAAACUUUUAUGUUAAAAAUGGUUGGCUACUGAAAUGUGUCUUUUCAUUUGGUGUAAAAGUAACAUAUUGUUACGUGUGUGGAAAAUACAGGUCCAAAAAUGAUAGAUCAAAUUAAUUAAUUAGAAUUUAUUUAUUAACAUCAAUGUACACUUUUUCCUCAAUUAGAACAAUCAAAAUGACUGUCCACAAAUUAAUCACACUUUUAUAAGUUCACUAAUUUACUCCCCUCACUGGAGCUCGGCUCGGCAGUGGCUCUCUGUACUGUUCGUCUCUUACCGCACAUCUCGCUUCCAACACACUGCUCACUUGUUUGCUGUGCCGCAACACCGUCCCCUGAAGCUCUGAUUUUUAUUCACGAAGCCUCGUCGCUCAUCACCCACUGUCGCUCAACGAAGGGGUCACUCGCACUAUUCACUUCGCUCUCAUAUCGGUCCGAGGAUUCGCAGGUAUCACGCUUCGCUUCACUGAAGCUCGCAGGUCGGUCCCUCUUUUAUACCUGCUGUUUCGUCGCACGGAUAGGUCUGUCUUGUAGCCCUCCGAAGUGUCGCGUUGAAGCUGCGAGAGCAAUGGCUUCCUAGGUACGCCACUUCACGCGGACGGGGCUCUGGGAAUGUGGCGAACACUCGAGAGGGACAGAGAGGCGCUGUCGCUAAUCAGUUUCCCAUGUAGUAGAGCGACGAUGGGCGCUAUCUGCGGUUGAGAGGGCACGGGCACGCCAGUCUGACUGGCCUGUCACGUCUCUAGCAUCUUCAUAACAAUACUUGUAUUUGUGACAGUUUUGCAUUUUCCGGGCUUGAUGCAUGCAUGCAUGCGAGUCACUAAGCUCAUGACAGUGUUGAUUUUGCCAUCUGGGGGAGGAAUAUUGAAAGUUGUUGCCAAGCAGGGUUUUCAGCAAAGUGUAAAGUAACACUUGAGCUUGCUACCUGAAAGUACUGUAAAAGGUGUUAUAUUUAAUUUAAUACCUUUGCGAAUACUUUGAUAUUGUGGUAUGUGGCACACAAAAUUAUUUACAAUUGUUGUACGUGCAUUCUCUAUUGAUUUGAAGGAGAGCUCUUAAUUACGAUGAUAAUGUGUCUUUGAAUAUUUCUGUAUCCCUCUGAUAAAAAUUAAAAUAAAUACUUGGUAAAAAAAAGUUGAACAUCAGCCAUAGGUACUUGAUGAACAAAGUUUUAAUAUUUGGAAAUAAACAUAAAUUCUUAAUUAAAAUACUGGUUUCUCAAUAAAAGUAUUGAUUUCAGUAUGUUACCUUCAUGUAUUUGAGUUUCUUUCAAAAGAGAAAAGUUUAAAAUUUUUUUGAAAGCAGUACAGUACUCAAAAUUGUAUCUAAAUGUGCAAGAUGUUUCUAAUUUUUAAUCUUCAAUUCAUUAGGCAGACUUAUUAAUUGUUUUUUAGCAUGAAGUAAAAAUGUACAUCACAUAUACUUCUUUAAGUUAUGUGUAAUUGUCUAUAAAUAUAUUAUGCUUAUGAAACAGGUUAUUUGUUCCCAAAAAAACUUAUGGGAAUGGGUUCCUUGUAGGCAGAAAAUUCAGAUUAACCUACUGGAAGUAUUUUCAUCUCUUGACUUAGGUGUAGCAAACUAAUACAAAAAGCAUGUGGUUGGGACGAUUUUAUGCCUAACGUUUAUAUAACUGAAGUAUUUUAAAGAAAUAUUCUGCGAGUUUUAAAACCCAUUUAUUUCUUCCCAUCAUUUAUGGGAACAAUGUCUUUUUUUGGGAGGGGAGAUAGAGGGGUAAUUUAAAUGAUGCUACACUGACUGAGACCAGGGAUAUUGCGAAGGAUUUGGCACAUGGCUUUUAAUAAGGAACCAUCCCAGCAUUUGGGUGGAACAAUUUAGGAAAACCAUUGGUCAAAUUGGUAUUUGAACCCGUGUCCUCUGGAAUGUCAGUCAGGAUUCAUACGCAUCCUUAAUAUCCUUAAAAAAAACAGUCCAUAAUUUGUCUUGAAUUGAUUAAGGGCUCUUAAAAGUCUAAGUUUCACUAAGAAUCCUUAAAAACCUCUUAAUUAGGUGAUAUCUUGCAAGUAAUGGAUAAAUGCAGGUAUUUUAAUGUUCUUUUGUUUCCAACUUGGCAGGAAACAAUGCUUUGUGCAUGCCCAGUACAACUGGCAAAGUCCAGGCCACGUGAUUAGAUAUUAUAAAUAAAAAAACAUUUUGAAUUGGUUUUACACAGUUUGUAUUGCACCUUUAAACUGAAAAACGUGUGUUUUAUUGUCUUACUUUGAACUUAUUUUAUAAUUAGUGAUUAUAGUAAGUGGCAUUACUGUAAAAUUCAAAUACACACUGCUUGGAUUAGAUGUGUGCUAGAGAUAAAUUCUGGACAGUACUUAUCUGUAAGAAUUGAACAAACCAACUAAUUUUUUUUGGACGUGUUAACGUCUUGUAAAUCGAUGAACGCCGGCUGCACGCACAAAAAAUUGUCACGUUCCACCUGAGCCGAGCGUGCAAGAACCGGCCAACCACCGUAUGAGAAAAUAUUCUAUAAUAUCAAACAGGUUAAGGCGGGCUUUUUAACUAAUUGUUUGUGAUUAAAUUUAAACAAAUUAUUUAAGUUAAAUUUGCAAAAACUGUAAAUAAUAUUUGAAAAUUAAAAAGUAUGCAAUUUUUCAUCAUUAUUUUCUUAUGACGUUAUCACGUAAAAUUAUCGUCCGUAAACCGACUUUACAGACAAACACAACCCCCCCCCCCCCCCCAUUUUUUUUGCCAUUACUAUUUACAUUGUUGGUUUUUUUUGUGAUAUUACAAAUGGUUAUACUUCUUGAUAGUGAAGAAUGCCAUGUAGUAAAGGGUUCCUUAAAAACUCUUUAAUUUUUUAUUGUUCAAGAAGGUACGAACCAUGCCAGUCCAGUGUCUUACCGUUGUUUCACCCUCACUCCAUAACGCCUGUUACAAACAUUUGUAUCAAUGUGAAUGAAAAUGGCAUUUGAUGGGGGCAGUUAGUAAUUAUGUUUAUUACUUUAGCCUUAGAUUUCAUUUUUUUACGAGGAAAUAUGUACCACUGUGAUUUAAGAUGGAAAGUAUUUAACUCUCGUGAUAUAGAAAGUCUGAAUCGCUGCAUAAGAUAAUCAAAAUUAAUUUAUUGUGUAAGUGUUAAAAGUUGUGUUAGUGGUGAUAGUCAAACAAAUAAUGAUUGAAUUAUUAUGAUUGGAAAACAAUAAUUCCGAGUCACUUUUGACUUAUUCCCUGCUUUGAACACAUAUGCAAUAUGCCUAGGCAGCCAGCAAUAAAGACCCAAAUAACAAAAUGCCAAUUUUGAGAUUACAUUUUUUUGUACUUCCAGCGAGGCAUGUUUCAGUGGUUAUUAAAAUAUACAAAGUCACUAAUUUAUAAUAGUUUUGGGAAAGAUAGCUGAGUAUCACAUAGAUUUUUUGAUGAAAAGAUUUGCGAAUUAUCUCUUGGAUCACAGUGGCUAAUCACGUCCAAUAAUUUUACAGAUUGUCACACAGAUCCCGUAAAUGUACUCAAAUUACAUUCUUUUAAGGUCAUCAUAUAUUCAAAGUCAGUUUUAUUUCAGGUUCAAUUAAAUUCCACCUAUGUAAUGACAUUUCAGUGAUAUGACUGGCUGAAGUAAAAGUUAUACAAUAACAUUGUUCCACAUCGUACAGGAUGUAUAGUUUUCUUUUUAAUGUAAAAAAAAUAUUUUUCAAAUUAUUAAUAAUAAUCUAAAAAUUAUCUCUAACUGAAUCAUUGGGAGGUUUAUUUUAAUGAUAAAAUGAGGUGUUUCCAAGGCACAUCACACAACUUCUAAGGGUGCUGAGUUUGUGCUCUGUGAGAAAUAGCAUUUUGCUGGAUUUCUGUGGAAACUUUGCUACGCUGCCACCCAGUAGCGCCUGAUGCCUAGCAAGUAGGCAGUCCGCGACGCAUGCAACUGCAUCAUGCUGCCUAUCUCAUGUGUUUUUGUUGGGGUCCACGAGGUCUAUCCUUAAUCUCGAGGACGGAGAAGGGUGCAUACUCUUGAGUAUUUUCCACCGAGGCCGCAAGUGGGUGCACCAACCGUUGCAGUUUACUACCGUCGGGCUAGUUGCAGCUAGAGUGCUGUAAGAGAUAACAUGAGCAAAUUUUGAAUUCUUGCUGUUUUUUAUUUUUUUUUAUUUUGGGAGGGGUUGAUAAGGGGUCAUCAGAUAUGGCCUUACACUGACAGAGACCAGGGAUAUUGCGAAGGAUUUGGCACGUGGCUUUUUUUUAGUACGGAACCAUCCCAGUUACAGUAUGUUAUUAGUGUGAAAAUACUCGUCCAAAAUACAUGAGUUGGAACAGGUGUUUUAAUUUUCAUUUUAUCGUGGUUUUUAUCUCUCGGAGACAACAAGGUUUUUAAUCAGAGCCGGUAAGCUCAUGACGAUGCAAACUGGGGAAAUUGCGAUGAGAACGGGCCAUGGCAUAUUGUAGGUAGGCAUUCCAGCAUUCACCUGGAGCAGUGGUGCUCACAGUGUGUUCGAAGCACUGAUGCGCCCUGGAAGGGUUGCAGGUGUGUCCUGUUAUAGUAUAGGAAAAUUAAGAUUGGUGACGGAAAUAAUUAUUAGAAAGCUGAUUCCUUCUGAAAUACGUUAUUUAGGCCUCCCUGUAUUCCCCAGAAAACAUUCCAAAAAAUCUUUCAUGGGAAACAUCUUUAAAUAAAGAACAAACAUCCGCCAUCUUGAAAUUUAAAAAAAAAUUCCGAAAUGACUCAGAAAAUGAUACUUGUAGGGACAUGGUUUUAGGUUCCAAGUGUGUCUGUUUUGCAAGAGGAACUUAUUACUGCAAUAAAAAAAUUAAAAUAGAGUUCCCAAUUGGUGCGCUUACCAAAAAACAGGAUUUAAUUUUUAUUUAUAUAGAUCACGUGUCAUGCACAUAGCAGACUUACACAUAAUCUUUAACAUUUGGCAACAUUGGAGUUAAAAAAAAUAUUUCUUUUAAUAAUUCAUUAAUUUUAAUUUUCAAUAGAGUUGUGUUGCAUUUGUGUUAUUUUAAAUGCAAAUUUAAAAGUAACACAAUCAAAAUGCCAGAAUUCCAAAAGUAGAAAACCACUGCCUCAAGAUAAUUGGAUAAGGUGUUGCAGGCAUAAAAAUAAUUUUUGUUUUGUUUCUUUAGAAUUUAUUUGGCAUCUUAUUUUUCUGACAGUUAAAAUGAAACAUGAGCUACUGUCAUAAUUAGACAUAUACAUAGGCAUAAUUAAACAAAUAUUCCAUCUUCCAACUUAAUGUUUGAAAAAAAAAACAUAUUAAUUGAAGAAAAAGUCAGAUAAUAGGAUUCAAACAUAAGAACUGUCCAAAUAAAGUUAUAGUGUUUAUCUAUAUUAUCUUUACUGGAAAGCAUAAUCACAAAGCAACAUUCCUUGUACAUUUUGUUAUUAUAUUAUUAUUAUUCAUUUCAUCGCAGUAGUGAAUUAGUAUUUGCUGAAGAUUAUUUUUCAAGCAUCAUGACUAUCAUAACGACAAUUAGACAAACUCUUGUCAGAAUUAAGUCAAAGUGAUAUUAAGUCGAAGGAAGACUACCUAUGUAGCCGUUACUAUGGUGCAACUUUCGAAAAAUUAUUAUGUAGUUUUUCGUUUCAUGGUCCAUAAACCCCAAAACCAUCAUCGACUCAAAAGUGUAUCACAUUUUUAUGGACACAGCUGUAAUUUUGUACAAAUCACUUUUGAACUAAUAAAUAAAAUAUAGUAAUGGAAAAUCUCAGUCAAGUUCAUUUAUGGGCAAAAUCUGACCAAAGGGGUAUAAAUGGGGAAGUUUUUUUUUAAAAACAGAAAUAUCACGCUGAAUUCCAUGACAUGAAAAAUAUCACAUCUGUUUGAAUAUAUUAUAACUCUUAGGAGAAAUACCAAAAAAUUUUGUCUAUAAAUUUUUUAUACAACCAAUCAUAAAUGCAAGGUGUGGAAAAAACAAGGGUAAAUGGACAAAAAUAUUUAACUCCCUUAGUAGGCACACCAUCGAAUACAUUCAAAUUGUUUGUAAAUCUUAUAAUUUUGAUCGAAAAAUUUUGUCUGAAACAAUUUUUUAACAAAACAAACCAUUCUGCAAGAGGUUGAAAAAAAACUUGGGUAAAAAAUAAAAAAAAUAUUAAUAAUUUCUGUACCAUGUAUUAUAUCCAUUCUUAAUUAUUGUGAAACCUAAAAAUACUAUUUACAACUUUCACCCAAAAAAUCAGUUUUAUGUGGCCAACCAUUACUGCAAGGGGUGGAAAAAACAAAGGGUGGAAAAAACAAAGGUUGGACAAAAAAAAAUUCAAAACUCCCUGGUAGAUACACUAUUAUAUCCAUUCAAAUUGUUUGUAAGCCUUAUAAAUAUUACGUAUCUAAAACUUUUGUCUGAAACAUUUUUUGAUACAACCAACCAUUGCUGCAGAGUGUGGAAUAAACAUGGGUUAAAAGGCAAAACAUUUAUAAUUUCCUUAAUAAGUACACAUUAAAUCCAUUGAAAUUGUUAAUAUAUCUUAUUAUUUUUAUCCAAAACUUUUUUUGUAACAUUUUUUAUAAGACAAACUAUUCCUGCAACGGAUUGAAAAAACCGGUUUAGAAAAAAAAAUUCAUAAUUUCCGUACCAUAUACGCUAUUAAAUCCGUUGUUAUUUAUUGUGAAACUUAAAAAUACUAUCUACACUUUCAUCCGAAAUUUUUUUAAUAUGACUAACCAUUACUGCAAGGGGAGGAAAAAAACCUUGGUUAAAGGUCAAAAAAAUUCAUCAUUAUUUUAGUAGGCAUAAUAUUAAAUUGGUUUUAAGCUAUUCAAUACUAGAUGCAAUGAGAUAAAAACAUUCAAAACAUUUUUGCUACAUGGACUAUGAGAAUAUGUUUUAUCAUUUUGGGAUAUUGGAGAGUAUUUAGGGUGACAUAUACAUUAAGUUCUUAAAAUGAUCCAGAUGUUAUAGAAGUUUCCAGAACAUUCCAGAAGAAAAAAAGUACUUCGAAAACUAUUUAUGCUGAAGGGUCUGCCAAAGGGAUUAUUUAGCUUGUGUUGUAGUUGAAAUAGAGCGUCGUUACUGAUGUCACUUAAGAAAUUCUUUUGAAAAUGAAACAAGUUAACUGAUAAUAAUGAUAAUUAAAAUUAAAAAAAUAGCCAAAUUGGUUCAGCCGUUCUCAAGUGGUGCGCGUGCCAACGGACAUCAUUAAAUUUUUAUUUAUAUAGAUUACGUGCAAUGCACAUAUCAGACUUGCACAUAAUCUUUAACAUUAGGCCGAAACAUGCAAUUUUAGUUAAAGGAACAUGUCAGGGAGUGCAGUCCUGCAAAUUUUGCAGGCACAAACAGUAGCACACGAAUUUGGAUUUCACGUGCGUCCAAAUACCACUCAGCUGACAGAGGACACACGCUCACGCGCUCCGCAGGGAGCAUGUGGCCAGCUGGGCUUAGACGUUCAGAGUCAGCCGUACUCUCUGGCAACCAGCUGCGUGGUGUGCAUCAUCCUUUGUGGUGCACACCUGCCAUGAAAGAGCCAUUAGUAGGGACACCUGUAUUUCGCGAAUACAUUUUGUGUCUUGGUACAUCGCAAAACACCGUAGAUUUUUUAUUUUUAUUUUUUUUUUUUUAGUUAUUGGCUGUGGUCGGCGAGAGGUGAUUUCCCGCACAUGACGGGGCCAAUGGGAAUGCGGGUACCGUACUGCUGCACGCAUACGAUUCGCCAUUACUCUAAGAAAAAGCUACAGUGUUUUGUGACAUACCUUGACACGAAAUGUAUUUGCAAAAUACAGGUGUCCCUAGCCAUUAGUAAGUGCGCACUGCUUCUGCUGCCAUUCCUCUCGCCUCCCGCACACCAUGUGCAUAUCGGCCAUCUCUGCAGAAGUCAAGCCCACCAUGCCGUUGCCGUUCACUAAGCACAACACCUCAUAGCACCGAAAUGCAAGAUAUAUCAUGGAAAUAUGUAGCAUUUAACCAAAACUUAAUUUAAAUUAAAAAAAAAAAUCUUUUAAUAUUUGAAAAGCAAGGAAUGUGUUUCCAAACAAAAUAAAUAAUUGUACCAAAGUGUAUGAAUCAGAAAAAAUUAAUUUAAUUUGUUUUAUUGUGCCUCUCUUAUUGACUCAGUUUCAAAAUGCAAAUCUUAUUGUUCUCAAUGUAUCUUUAAAACUUAUGAAUUAUUUUAUCGAAAAAAAUGCAGCAUAUAAGUUUUAUCAAUAUUUUGGUGGAGUUAAGUAUUACAAAACAACUUUCAUGAAAAUAAAAACAGUAACAGCGAAAUCUUCUAUUCAAAAACCAAAUUGGACUGAAAAUGAAACCAUUAAGUCUACACUGUGCUGAUCUCCGAAAGACAUACAUGUAGACGCUCCACAACCGACCACACACUGUGUUGCCUACCAGGCUACUGACUGCUCAUGAGUCUGGCUUACUCUAAUAAACGUCUGUGCCCGGUUCGCCUGGGUGCUUCCUGCGGAGUGUUUGAACGUUGCGGCACUGCAGUCGUACAUUUUCUUAGCCAAUGGAGUGUUACCUGGAUGCACGAUUAAAUUCAAAUUAGUACGCUACUGCUUGUGCCAGUUACUUUGCAGCAUUGCGUUUCCAUGCAUAUGUUCCUUGACAAACGUUUUCUUGUUUUGGCAUUUAGGUCCAGCAACUUUCGAACAUCCUGUAUGUGUGUGUGUGUGUGCGUGUAAAUGUGUAUAUCUGCAUAUACACACAUGUAUACAUUAUGCAGAAACAUGAACCCAAACAAAUAAGAGGAAUUUUUUUAAUUUUAGUUUUACAUAGACGAGACAUUAUUACGAUAUAAUGAUGUGUGAAGUGCGAGAAUGAAAAUACACACGGGUUUGACCAUACUGCAAUGCCAUAAACUUUAAAGUAUUUUAGAAUUGUUAUUAGUCCUGUCCUUAGCAUUGUUCUUAACUGUCCGCAUUGUUGCUGUUAAUUAGCUUUGCUCAGUAAUUCAAGCAUUAGCUUGCAGCCCGUGAGGUCAGUUCGAAAUAAAAACAUAAUUUAUAUUCUUUUAAUAUUUAAAAGUAAUGGUAGUUGCUUGUUCAAUGCUGCGGAAGAAAGUAACUACCAGGGAUAUUGUUUUCAGCAAAUAAGGUUUUUUUUUUUAAGGGGGCCACAUUCAAAAACAAUUUUUCAUAGAAUCAACUAGGUGCAAGUAUUUAUUAGUAUGAUAGCUGAAAGGUUUUUUUUUGGGUUGUAAUUAUGGCAUAGAAAAUAUUAUUUUAAAGUUCGUAGUUCUUUAAAGUUAAAGUGCCUUUUUAAAAUUGUACCUGCAGUUUAACUUCUGGCUGUAAUCAUGGCCCUCAGACUAUCUAAAUAUUUCACCAUAGUAUUUCCACACCUGACAGAUGGGCCAGUCAAAUCCUAAAUUUUUUUUGUAUUUGAGAGAUUUGAUCUCAUGGAAAAAAAAUUUGAAAAAAAUAUUUAAGGGAUAUGCAUCCAGAAGCAGAAUGUUUGUUGAGCAUUUCAGAGAAAAUUAGGACAAAAAAAAUUGUUUGUAUCCCAAACAUGAAAAUUUGCCAUUUUUUAAUUUUAUAAAUAAAAACAUUAAUUAAUUAUAUGUUUCUUAAAAUUGAAAUUUCUGUGUUUUCGCUAUUAUUUCAUUUUUUACUCUUGAGGUCUUGUUAGGAUUUCAGGCACUCUGAGAAAAAGUGAAUUUGACUCAUCACUAAGUUCAUCAAAAACCUGGCAUUACAAUGCAAAAAACAAGUAAUAAAUACAUUUAUAUAUUGUGGUAAAAAUUCAUUAUGCAUAGCAUUACUUACAUUCUGUUAGUUUGUUCAUAUUUUUUCUCGGCUUUUAGCAAUUGCAGUGUUCCUCUGGAUUAUUGACGAAAGUACAAACUAUAAUAUUAUUAUACUUUAAUUAUUAAAAUUUCACACUGCAUGUUUCAUAUUCAUCACCUGUCAGUACACAUGUAUUCAGAAAUUCUUUAAUUUGCUAUUUUGUUCCACCGACAAAAGGAGUUUUUUGUAUACUACAUGAACUAAAAAAAAAAAAAAAACUGAAGUUGCUGUGCAUUGAUACUUACAUGUUAAUAUGCUCUUGCAAGGAACUGAUAAGUUUUUACAAAUUUUUUUUUAUACUGUUAAAUCUCAUUUAUCUUUAUUUAAUUUCUACAAUUUUCAAAGUACCAAAUAACUUUUAUUUGUGACAGUCAACUUAGACUUAAAUAAUUUAAAGUUAUAUACAUAUUUAUUUUGAUAGUGUGUGUUUCAUUUGGAAAUGCAUUUUUCUAAUACAUAUUUAUAAAAGUACAAUAACAGUUUUUAUGUGUUCCUGUGGGGUAUUUUUUUUUUUUGUUGUAAAAUUCCAAGUUUGUAUGUACCAUUCAUUAACUGUAUAGGUAACUUAAAAACUUCUGGUGUGAAAUUGGUUGAUAAAUAGCUAAUGUACUUCAAGCAAAAACAUGAUUGAUUACAUAGGUACUAUACAUUUGUACAAAAGAGCAGCUAAAAAGAACAAUAUUAUAUAUUAAAAAAUCCUGCUUUUGGUGUUUUUUAUGUCCUGGUGUUUCUUUGCAAGCAUACAUAUUUCUUCCUGUGACCUGAAAGAGAAUUUAUUCAGUGUUUUGAUUUUAAAUCAUGGCAAGUGUUAUGAGUUCCCUGCCGUACCAGAUCGUAGCAUUUGGUCGCCUCAAGUUCAAGGCUGUGAGACGGAGGCAUUGUCAGCUGCGCGCCACCACAGGAUUAAAGAAAAGAUUAACUUGUAAAACCGCAGAACUGGAAUAAAAGAUAUUUAAAGAAAAAAUUUGUUUGUGGUAAUUUCUGUUUUAUCACGAUAUUGCUGACUCAUGAGAAUCCGCACCCAUGCUUUGUAUCUCAAGGG